AAGUCCCAUAAUAAUACCAAUCCCUUAUAAACCUCCUCUUCACUUCAAACAAACAAAAAUAAAGCAAGAACAUUUAAACACAUCAUGGAGCCUAAAAAUACAAUCUUUCUCGUUCUACUCCUCUCAACCAUUCUCCAGUCUUCAUCCGCAACUCCAAAUCGGUCCGACCUUGACCGGUUCAUCGCAACAUCAUGCCAAACCACCCGAUAUCCACUACUAUGCGUGCAUACACUCUCUGCUUACGCCACCAUGAUUCGACACAAAAACGACCAGGAUCUUGCCCAAACGGCUCUCACCAUCAGCUUGUCUCGAGCCAGAUCCGUUGCUAUAUUUGCCGCUAAACUAACCAAAGAAACGUCAAGUUUCAAACGUAGAGAAUAUUUAGCAAUCAAAGAUUGCAUCGAAGUGUUAGGCAACAGCGUGGACCGGUUAGGCCAGUCGGUUAAAGAACUAGGUCGAGCUGGUCAUGCUGUGGCUGGUGAGGACUUCAUGUGGAAGAUGAGUAACGUUCAGACGUGGGUUAGUGCCGCUUUGACAGACGAAACCACGUGUCUAGAUGGAUUCUCAGGUCGAGCCAUGGAGGGCAAAGUGAAGAGGCUGAUUCGUUUGAAAGUGGUUCACGUAGCUCAAGUCACUAGCAAUGCUCUUGCGUUGGUUAACCACUUUGCUGAGAAACGAAGCGCGAAGAUUCCUUAACUGGAGCUGAGUCCUUUUUUUGGUAUGACUAAUUAAUGUAAAAGUUUUGGCUUGUAUGUAAAAUCUCGAAUCUUUAAACUGUGUAAAAUGUUUAUCCUCUUUUUGUCGGUCGGAAAGAAAACUCAACCUUUGUUGUUCUUUAAUAUUGUAUCAUAAUUAAAUAUACAUAUGUGCUUUUGUUUUUGGAUAAAUUUUAGAUAUAUUUUCUUA